CACCAUUCAAAUUAAUACCAAACCAUAAGUCACUAUUCACAAACUAUUAGCAUUCUAGUUUAAUACUAAUUAGUUUUGUGAAAUGGCUUUUAAGGUUAAUGUUACAUUUUUCCUAUGUCUCAAUCUCAUUUCAUUCAUCAUGGUGAAUGCCAAUUAUGUCCCUACAGUCCCUACCAUCCCAACUAUCCCUACAAUCCCAACAAUCCCAAUCCCUAACCCAACUUAUGACCCUUCUCCAAAGGGUACAUGUCCUAUAAAUGCACUUAAGUUAGGUGUUUGUGCAAAAGUGUUGAAUUUGGUCAAGGUGAAAGUGGGGGCCCCACCAACACUCCCUUGUUGCUCACUCAUUCAAGGUCUUGCUGACCUUGAAGCAGCUGCUUGUCUUUGCACUGCCCUUAAAGCUAAUGUCCUUGGACUUCACCUUAAUGUUCCUAUUUCUUUGAGUCUCAUUCUCAACAAUUGUGGAAGGAACAAUUCUGGUUUUCAAUGCUCUUAGAAAAUCAAUUCAUCUUCACCAUAUCCACAAUUUCAUUUGUUGUUUGUCAUAUAUAAUAUUUGCGUACUCUUAUUCACAUGUUCGUUCAAGGCUGUUUUCGUUUUUUUAAGAGAAAGAAGUCUUAAUAAUCUGAAGUUCGACUGCGAGACAGUAAAACAUGAUCAAGGAUUGUUUCAGGCUUAACUCUUCAGUUCCUCUUGCUUGCAUUAUUUUUAUGCUUAAUUGUUUUUGUUUUUAUUUUGGUGCUUGUUUACCAUAUUAAUUCUUGAUUUCUUAAUCUUCACUAUGGAAGAUUAUACAUCUUUCUCAUCAGCUUUUUUUAUUGUAUUAAAGGUGUGGUACAAAUAAAACUUUGUGAUUCUUAA